AGAAGAGGGGUGGAGCUUGCAAAAGUAUCGGAGGCGGGACUCGCUGAGGUGCGAAAACUGGGCCAGGGGCAGGGCUUUGACCAGCUACUUGAGCGUGAAGGGGCGGGGCCCGCACGAAGGGGCGUCCCAGCUUGGAGGCGGGGCCCGGAUGGGAGGGGCGGGGCCGAGUGCAGUAUCCCGCCAGAUGGCGGCGCCCAGCAGAGUCAGGUGCGGACGACUUUGUCUGUAGGAGCGGCGGCGGCUUGAGGACCCGGGGAGACCCUCAAGAAUCGACCCAUCAGGACGCCAGAGCUGCUUCAGCGGUGACCGCCUUCUCCCUCUAACACAUUCUUCCCUUCUUCACAAACGGCCCAUGUCAGACGAAGGCUCAAGGGGGAGCCGCCUGCCCCUGGCGCUGCCCCCGGCCUCCCAGGGUUGCUCUUCAGGGGGCGGCGGCGGCGGCGGCGGCUCCUCGGCUGGGGGCUCGGGCAAUUCCCGGCCCCCACGCAACCUCCAAGGCUUGCUGCAGAUGGCCAUCACCGCGGGCUCUGAAGAGCCAGACCCUCCUCCAGAACCGAUGAGUGAGGAGAGGCGUCAGUGGCUGCAGGAGGCCAUGUCGGCUGCCUUCCGAGGCCAGCGGGAGGAGGUGGAGCAGAUGAAGAGCUGCCUCCGAGUGCUGUCACAGCCCAUGCCCCCCACUGCUGGGGAGGCCGAGCAGGCGGCCGACCAGCAAGAGCGAGAGGGGGCCCUGGAGCUGCUGGCCGACCUGUGUGAGAACAUGGACAAUGCCGCAGACUUCUGCCAGCUGUCGGGCAUGCACCUGCUGGUGGGCCGGUACCUGGAGGCGGGGGCUGCAGGGCUGCGGUGGCGGGCGGCACAGCUCAUCGGCACGUGCAGUCAGAACGUGGCAGCCAUCCAGGAGCAGGUGCUGGGCCUGGGUGCCCUGCGUAAGCUGCUGCGGCUGCUGGACCGCGACGCCUGCGACACAGUGCGCGUCAAGGCCCUCUUCGCCAUCUCCUGUCUGGUCCGAGAGCAGGAGGCUGGGCUGCUGCAGUUCCUCCGCCUGGACGGCUUCUCUGUGUUGAUGCGGGCCAUGCAGCAGCAGGUGCAGAAGCUCAAGGUCAAAUCAGCAUUCCUGCUGCAGAACCUGCUGGUGGGCCACCCUGAACACAAAGGGACCCUGUGCUCCAUGGGGAUGGUCCAGCAGCUGGUGGCCCUGGUGCGGACAGAGCACAGCCCCUUCCACGAGCACGUGCUUGGAGCCCUGUGCAGCCUGGUGACAGACUUUCCGCAGGGUGUGCGUGAGUGUCGGGAGCCGGAACUGGGCCUGGAGGAGCUCCUCCGCCACCGCUGUCAGCUGCUGCAGCAGCAUGAGGAGUACCAGGAGGAGCUGGAGUUCUGUGAAAAGCUGCUACAGACCUGUUUCUCCAGCCCAGCGGACGACAGCAUGGAUCGGUGAAACCAGGUGGCUUCUUGCCCCCUUCUCCGUGGGAACCCCAGGCCUCUUGCCUCCCUCCCCACCUACAAGGCCCUCUCCCAAGGGAUCGCAGGGCCUAGGUGCCUGGACCCAGGGUGUGCCAGCCCGUCUCUGUGCAGUCCCUGGAAGGGGCGCUGAGAAACGCACCAGCUCCUUGGACCCCACCUCCCAUGCUCUCACUCUCAUCCCCGUUCUCUUGUCCACACAGCUCUUCCAAUAAAGGUGUUUCUCUUCCUCCUUCUCCUCCUUCA